AUGGAGAGGAGCGACUUCAAGAUAUCAACUGAUGAGGAGAUUGAUGUUGCACUUUCAGGACAAUAUCUUCUAAAUCUUCCAAUCAAAGUUGAUGAGUCCAAGCUUGACAAGAAACAUUUGAAGACCUACUUUGUUGAUCAUCCUCAUGAAAACCUCCCAGACUUUGCUGAUAAGUUAUUGCACUAA